AUGCCUCAUACUAUUCCCACAUCUUCUGUGCUGCAGGACAAGUUCACCGAAAUAGUGUUCCACGUGUCAAGCAUCACCGACGUCCGUAAGCAGGACAAAGGACGCUUCUCCAUUUACUUCAGCAAGAAGCACUUUGAGUUCAUGGCACACAACAAAGCGGUGCAGGAGGGCUGGGUGACUUCCCUUCUGGCUUCUCGUGGACAGAACCCCCCAGUCCAUCCGGAGCAGCAUGGAGCCCUGACCAUGAAGGACCCUCGUAGCAGAGUGUACGCUGCCAUCUGUGGACACAACCUAUGGAUCUACAACAAUAAAGAGGACUUCCAGUUGGGGGUUGGGAUGACCUAUGUGUCCAUGAACGUGGCUUCAGUGAAGCAGACGGGCCGUCAUAACUUCAGCCUCAUCACACCGUAUAAAACCUUUAAUUUCUCCACAGACUCAUUGAAGGAGCUGGGCGUGUGGCUGGGGAGCCUGACCCAGGUGAUCCGCAGUGCCCUGUCAUGCAGCGAGGUGGCCGAGCGACUCUGGGCCAGCCCAUGGAACAAAGUGUGUGCCGACUGUGGCUGUGCCAACCCUGAGUGGGCCUCCGUCAACCUGCUGGUGGUCAUCUGUGAGGCCUGCGCAGGUCAGCAUCGGUCUUUGGGCAUCCAUGUGUCCAAAGUGAGAAGCCUGAAGUUGGACAGUAAAGUGUGGACCGAACCUCUGAUUCUGCUCUUUGUCCAUUAUGGAAACAUAGCAGCCAAUGAUGUGUGGGGUCACAACGUGCCGGGUGCAGAGCAGAUCCUGCCGGACUCCUCUGUGGAUCAGAGAGGGGACUUCAUCAGGGCCAAGUACACCAAGGGCCGAUACAGACGGACCCAUCCACUAGCCUCCAGCCAGAGACUGCUCAACAAGAGGCUGUGUGAGAUAGUGUGUGGCCCUAAUGUCCCAGAGACCAUGUCUCUGCUGUGCUCGGGGGCACGGGUCCUGUGCCACUCAGGGGACCCUCAGUGCCCCUCACCCAUUUCACUGGCAGAGCAGGCUGGACAGGCCAUGCAGACUGAGCUCCUCAGACACAACGAGUACACAGAGGCCCCUCCUUAUGCUCAUCAGAAGCCCAGCAGAGACCCUGCUUCCUCUGUCCCCUCUUCUGCUGCAGGAGAGGAGCUCCAUGGGAAGUUGGAGGAGGACCGCUUCCUGUUCUCUCAGGAGAAUGACUCUGCUGCCUGUGAUGUUCUGGACCUGAGGGAGGUCAUCUCCAUCUUUGACCGCUCCAACGGACCAACUCAUGCAUUUGAGCUGGUGACUCUGACGGACCAGUUGCUGUGCAGUGCUGAUACAGAAGAGGGUCUGCUCACACACCUUCUCCAUAUUCUCAAGGUGGUGUUGCCCGGGCCCAUAGAUGAGGAGGAGCUGGACAAGGGGUUUGCUGUGUCCCGGGUGUCUCUGAGGGAGGGAGGAGGCCUGCAGCACACCGAGGUCUGGGCAGUGCUCCGUGGAGGUCAGGUCCUCAUCUAUCCUACUGACCAGCAGCGCCACAGAGAAAGGCUAACACUCAACCGCGAGUCUCAAUACAAGAUAGAUUCCUCUGUGAACACCAUAGAGCUGGUCACUGGAGAGAGAACCAUGUCCAUGCAGUUUGAACGAGACCACAGCUGUCAGUCCUGGCACACCCUACUGAAAUGGGCAGUGACCACAAAGAGGAAGCCGCGCCAGCUGCCCCCCACCGCCAUUGGCAAUGUGCCCCCUGCCAUCGAGAGGUGUAUCUCACACAUCACAAAAUAUGGUUUAAAGGUGGAUGGGCUGUACCGGCGCUGUGGCUUGGCCACUAAGAUCAGUUAUCUGGUGGAGGCCCUCAGCAGUUCACCUAAAACUACCCCUCUGGAGACAGACGAAGAGGGUCUCCUGGACGCUGCAGGGGCCCUGAAGCAGUAUAUCCGCCAGCAGGUGGUGCUCAUCCCAGAGACACACAGGAAACUAUGGGUAGAGGCUGCAGCUCACACAGAAGAGACCUUCAGACUGGCUGCCUACCGCAGACUACUGAAGAAGCUGCCCCCUGACAACAGAAUCACACUCAACGCCCUCUGUGGACACUUCUACAUAGUUCAGCUGUAUAGUGCAGAGAACCGUAUGACAGCUCAGAACCUGGCGCUGGUGUUUGUCCCCACACUAUUCCAGGAGCUGGCCAUGAACACUGACCUGGUGCACCUCACUAGAGAGCUCAUUAUCCACCACACACUCCUCUUCCUGGGUAAAGAAGAGGAGUCUGACAUGGAGAGUGAAGAACUGAUAACAAAAUUAUAGAAAAAAUAUAUAUUUGCCUUUGGCUGUCAAAGAAAGCUUAUAUUGGAAAUAUAUUUGGUUACAGGGUGCCCUUUCACCUUCUGCUUAUUGUGGGGUUAACAAGAAAAUGUUAUCAAUAGUAGUUUUCAAAAGUUCUUGAACUAUACAUUUAGGUCAUGGACGGGUUCAAACAUUUAUUCUACUAUAUUGUCAUUUAGGUGAUUGCAAAAUAAUAACAAACCAUGUUAAAAUGUUGAUGUUGUUACAUCAAACUGUUUGAAACAGUAUAAUGACAAACCAAGAAACAUGUUUUUUUCCCUUAUUUUACCAGGUAAGUUGACUGAGAACACAUUCUAAUUUACAGCAAU